UUCUUCAGCAAAAAAAUAAGACAGGAUUAUCAAAACAAGUUAUAUUCAGACUGAACGCAAUUAUAUCAGAGUAAGUCUGAUGUGGAAAGACAAUACAAGGCACUUGGAGCUUACAGAACAAGUUUAAGCUGCUUUCAAGAUAGAAGGGAAGUGAUAAACCAGUUCAGGAGCAUGAUUUCUUUUACAAAUAAUUUCUAAGAGGAGAUGUGACUGGAACUUUGAGUACUGCAGAAGGCAAUAGCCAGAAGCAGCAAAAAAAAUAUAACAAUGCCAAGUAAGAUAAUUAGCAGAUGCUAUCAAGACAGUAGAGUGAUAAGGUGUGAUUGAAGACAUCUUUAAGCCACUUACAGGCCUCUUCUUUUUGGAGAAGUAGAUAGGAAGGCACAGGAGAGCUCAUUAUACCCUCACUAUGGUGGGCAGAGGCUCCAGGUCACUACUGGCUGCAAACACCUGAGUUUUUCCAGGAGGAGUUGAACAGAAGGCAAUGCUCUUCUUUCACCCUCUUCUCAUGUUCCUGGGAUAAAGGAUUGGAGAGGUAUAGGACGUAGCCAGUGUGCUAUGUGAUAAGCUAAGCUUCUUCCAUUUGGGAAAAGCAGCUUGUGCUGUGCUCCACCUUGUGAGUAGCUGAAUGGAUUAUCUCCAUUUUGCUGGCAACUUUUGACUAGCAUUUACUAACUACAGGUCUCACAGCGUUGUUACAGCAGACAGACAGACAUUAGAGGCACAGGUGGGAAAAGACAGCUAUUUCAGGGCUCUAUAGCACAUGAGAUCUCCUGACUCCUGGUCUGUUGCUCUGUCUGAAGAGGUAUGACCCACAAAAAUGCAUAGGAGUAUUUAGGCAAUGCCCUUAGAGAGAAACCCAAAAGGGAGCUCAGGGAAAAAAAAUCACAGUCUACCAUGGAAAGAGACUAGCCUAGAGGGCACGCAGGGUCUAUAAGGCAUCAGCUUGGUUUAACAGAUUUAACCUAACUGCUGCUACAAAGCCCAAAGUCUUCUUCCUGGACAGCAGCUUAUAAUACAGUGGAAAAUGCUUCUCUAGAAUUAGUAAAUACCAUAUUUCCCAGUUCUCAAUAACUUUUUUGUGGUUUUUUUUGUUUGUUUGUUCAUUUUUUGUUUGUUUGUUUGUUUUUUGUUUUUAAUCAUACUGUAGCCAAAAUAUAUUUAGCAUUAAAGUGAUGUUAUAUGUGACUAUCCCAUGCAAGCCUACCAAACCCAUGUACAUGAUAUCCUGGCACUGAAGAUAGAAGUAGACAUUCAUAAUGGUUGAAACACUCAAAGUGUAAGAGAUUGUACUUGCAUAUUAAGUCAUGCUCAUUUUGCCAGCAUGGGAAGAAGUCGGCAAGGUAUUUUCUAACCAUAUUAUACACACACAUAUUACGCCAGAAUUAAAAAUAAUUGCAUAAUAAUUGCAACACAUUUUGUAGCUGCAGAACUAACAUUGCUGGGCAAGUUUAAUUUUCCUAUUUUUAUUCUUUCCGUGCAAAUUAAAUUUUCAGCAUUAACUUUGUUAGAUUAACAGAGGUGUGUGUGUUUUUAAAAGAAAAAGGAGAGGAAAUGGUGCUGGCACAAUUAUGGCCGUUCUCAAAGGUGAAACACAUGCAAAAUUAAUUGGCCAAUGUAAGGACUGUGCAUAAGCAGAGGAAAGUAUGCUCCCGGGUAUAAUCGAAUGUAUUUAUUCAAUAACAGUGCCUGCCACUAUUACAAUAAUGACUUAAAGUUUUCAAGUGCUCGUUUCCUCUCUGUACUGUUUGCCACUUUAGAAGGUGUGGAUGGUUGGGAACAGAAAGGAGCGAUCACAAAGAUGAAAGGCGAACUGCGAGGUGUGGAAUGCGGUUGUUGUGAAGGGACCAGCAGAUGGGUUUUUGCGAUGAGGAGAAGGCUGGCAUCUCUGGUGGCGGAGGAGGUUCACCGACUGGCUAGGACAAUUUGUAGACGAAGCAUCCUGGUUUACUUGUACAGGGUACGGAACUGUGGUGUUAGUGGUGAGAUGCAGAGGUGGGGCAGCGGUUGGCCACUGGUGGCAGAUCAGCUUGGAGGAAGGAAGAGACUUUUGGAGCUCAUCCAGUGAACCAGCACCUCGCUCAGCCAUAAAGCCCAUUUGGGAUUUUAUAACUGCUGGACUCCUGUGCCACCGAACUCCACAGCGGUAAUGAAUCCGGACAUUAAAUGAAAAGAAACCCACUUGUCUUCCCUCUAAUGCAUCCCAGGGCUCUGCGAAAGGGGAAUCCGAGGCGCGGAGAAGCGCAGGACGGAAACUCCCUCGCCUCCCUCCUCAGCGUAACGGUCGCGGGGACGCGAGAGACGGGCGGGUAGGCGCGGUGUCACGUGAUCCGCCCCCCGCGAGCGCGGGGCUGCAGACCCCCGUUUGAAGGGGGGGCGGACCGACGAGGGGGCGACCGGUCCCCCCGGUGGGCGACCGGAGCCCCGCGGUCACGUGACCGUGGAAUGAUGUCACGCCCCCCGCCCUAUCCGCGUGGAGCCGCUGAGUGUCCCGGGGCGCGCGGCGGCGCUGCUCCGCCCUUCACAGCGGCGGCGGCGGCGACCGGAGGGGGACGCGGCUGCUGCCUGGGAUAUUGAAGAAGGAUAAAAAAAAAAAGACAACUUCUCAAACGUUUCGAAGACUGAAUGUAACCAGGAUGAAGAGCUUAAAAGCAAAGUUCAGGAAGAGUGACACUAAUGAGUGGAAUAAGAAUGAUGAUCGGCUACUGCAGGCGGUGGAGAAUGGUGAUCCUGAAAAAGUGGCUUCAUUGCUCGGUAAAAAGGGAGCCAGUGCCACCAAACAAGAUAGUGAGGGGAAAACUGCUUUUCACCUGGCAGCCACAAAAGGACAUGCAGAAUGCCUCAGGAUUAUGGUGACACAUGGUGCAGAUGUGACAGCCCAAGAUGGUGCAGGACACAGUGCUUUACAUCUUGCAGUGAAGAACAGCCACCUUGACUGCAUUAAGAGGUUACUUCAGUAUAAAUGUUCAGUAUACAGCACUGACAACUGUGGGAAAACAGCUUUACAUUAUGCAGCGACAUGUGGUUGUCUUCAGGCAGUUCAACUUCUCUGUGAACACAAAUGUCCAAUUAACAUCAAAGAUUUGGAUGGGAACAUACCUCUGCUGCUUGCAGUACAAAAUGGCCAUACAGAGGUCUGUAAAUACCUUCUGGAUCACGGAGCAGACAUCAACACAAGGGAUAAAAAUGGAAGAACUGCUUUGAUGAUGGCUUGUGAAGCUGGUAGCCUUAACAUGGUGGAAGUGUUCCUUAGGAAAGGUGCAGAUGUCAGUUUAGUAGAUGUUUUUGGACAGAAUGCGCUGCAUUAUUCCAAGAUCUCUGAGAAUGUGGGAAUCCAGAACCUGCUGUCAUCAAAAAUAUCUCAGGAUGUUGAUGCAAAAUCACCAACAAAAGCAAAGCAGCAUGAUCAAGGCUCUAAAUUAAGUUCAGAAAGAAGUGGAACUCCAAAAAAACGCAAAGCCCCACCUCCUCCUAUCAGUCCUAUGCAGCUUAGUGAUUUGUCCUCUCCACGGUCAUCAACUUCGACUCCUAUGACUGGAAAAGGACAGGCUUUCUUUGCUGACCAACAGGAAGACUUCAGCUCCUUGCUUCAAGAUAAUAAAGACAGACUAAGUGACAGCACCGCAGGUGCUGACAGUUUGUUGGAUGUGAGUUCUGAAACUGAACAGCAAGAUCUACUUAUGCUGAUGCAAGCAAAAAUUGCUUCUUUGACAUUACACAAUAAGGAAUUACAGGACAAAUUACAGGAAAGAGCACCUAAAGAAGUGGAUUCUACCAUAGAUUCUUAUCAUUCAACCCAAAAAGAGUUUGAUCAAACUGCAGAUAGACAAAGCGAGUUCUCAGCUCAGGAGCUGAAGUCUACUAUAAAUGUCACCCAGUCUCAAGAAAAGUUGACAAGCCCCAGUGAAAUAAAAACAAAGUACCUCCAGGAAGAAUUAAAGGAUGCACAAAGGAAAUUAGAGAAUUCUGAAACCAAAACAAAGCACUUAGAAGCUCAGGUCCAGUCUAGAGUCCCAGAAGCAGAUCAUUUGAAUAACGCACACAUCUCAGAAAAUGGCUCUGAUCCUAACCUGAAAAUCCAAGAAACUCAAAACAAGAAUGAGGAAUCGGUGAAAGAGGUUUUAAAUGUACAAAAGCAAGUGAAACUGGGUCUUGUUUCCUCUGAAAGUGAAGAAACUUGUUCCGAGAUGAGUAAGUUGAAGGUUACAUGUGAAGAAGUUGAGAUGCUUAGGCAAGAACUGAAGAGAGCCCUGGAGGAAAGUGAAAGACAAAAAGAGAAAGUGAGAGAACUACAGAAGAAGUUUGAAGAAAGAGAGCAGAGUGUUACAAGCAAACUGUCUGUGGAAGAAUGUGAGGAAUUAAAGAAUUCAUACUGUUCAGUUAUUGAUAACAUUAAUCAGGAGAAGGCACUGUUGAUUGAGAGGUACAAAGAAGGACAAGAGGAAAUUAAAAGGCUACAGGACAAGCUGACAAAUCAGACACAUUUAGAGUCUAGUACUGAAUCCGGAGAAAUGAAAGAUGCAAUGCACAGAAUGAUAGAUGAGCUCAACAGACAACUUAGUGAAUUGUCCCAGUUGUACAAAGAAGCACAAGCAGAGCUUGAAGAUUAUAGGAAGAGAAAAACUCUAGAUGAUAUAGCUGUGGACUACAUACCUAGAGAUGAACAUGAGAAGCUGAUGCAGGUAACAAAUUCUUUGAAAUACAAAGCAGAGAAUGAGUUAUUAGAAAUGAAAUCCCAGUACACAAAAGUAUUAGAUGAAGCAGAAGAACUAAAGCAGCUGUUAGACACUCAGAAACAAAACUCAUUGCCAAUUGCUGAACACCAGCAGGUGAUGAAUGCACUUAAAAGUACUGUAAAGGAAAUGGAAGAAGAAAUAAAUGAGCUCAAAGAAUUACUUACCAACAAGGAAAGUGAAGUAAGAAAUCUACAGAAGGAAUUAUUAGAAGAAAAAGCUGCAAUUAAUGAAGCAAUGGUACCCAGGGCUGCAUAUGAAAAACUCCAAUCUUCAUUAGAAGGUGAAGUUAGUAUUUUGUCAUCAAAACUGAAGGAUGUAAUCAAAGAGAAGGAAAAUGUGUCCUUAGAUGUUAUGCAACUGAGAAAUGAAGUUUUGCAUUUGAAAGAAGAGAAAGAAGGUAUGCAUAAUCUGCUUGAAGCAAAGGAACGUGAGGUCAGUGGUCUUCAUCAAAAGUAUCAUCAAGCUCAAGAAGAUCUUCUUGAAAUGAAAAGAUACUCUGAAAGCUCAUCAAAGCUAGAAGAGGAUAAAGAUAAAAAGAUAAAUGAAAUGUCCAAGGAAGUCAGCAAAUUAAAAGAAGCUUUGAACAGCCUUUCUCAGCUUUCCUACUCAACCAGUGCCCCCAAAAGACAAAGUCAGCAGCUGGAAGCAUUACAACAACAAGUGAAACAGCUGCAAAACCAACUGACUGAAACGAAGAAACAACAUCAGGAAACAGUGUCAGUUUACAGGAUGCAUCUUCUCUAUGCUGUGCAGGGUCAAAUGGAUGAAGAUGUCCAGAAGGUGCUUAAACAAAUUUUAUCAAUGUGUAAAAGCCAAUCACAGAAAAAGUAAACAAAAAAGCAAAUCUCCCCAUUUCUAUUAAUACUUUAUGGGUGUUUAUCUAGAUUUGCCUUAACGUAAGAUUUAAAAUUGGCAAUUUGCUGCUUUUUUGUUGUUGUGUUGUUUGUGAGGUGGAUUUGUUUGUUUCUACUACUUUCCAUGUGCAUCUGCUUUAGCAGCAACUAAACACAUGCCUGCUUUUCAUAUCCAAAAUGCAAGUAUGUUCUUCAGACUUAGGCCACUCCAUGUCAUGUUUACUCUGAAAGUACUUUUUAGCUUCCUCCAAGAGGGAGGUUAAUCUGGAGGCAAGCACUCUUGUCACCUGGAAAAUGGUGAAAUUCUCCAUAAGGACUCCUGCACUGUGUAUAAGCUGCAUCUUGUUAAUGGGGAUAUUUUAAUUGCUUGAUGGUGCAGCACUUAGAUUCCAGACAUUUUGCCACAUGCAGUCUCUGGCAGAGCAGAAGUGAGCCUUGCAGCAGUGAGUAGAAGUAGAUCUUUAUGGUGAGCCGGAACAUCCAACAGCUCUACUUAGAAACCUAAUUUUAUUUAAGAUUAGCACACCAUAAUGUGGCUGUCCCAACCCAUCCAAUGCACUGAGUACAUAAAAAUCCUACCAUGCUUCAUGAUUUCCCUGAAUAAACAAUUUAUUUGAACUUAAACUAUUUCAAAAGAUAAAAUAAGUAGUUUAUUGAAGUUGUCUGUACAAGCAACUAAUUAUAAUAGGUUUAGCUAUCUAUGCAAGUGUUGGCCAUGAAGCUCAGGAACAAAAUCAGAACAUAUGCUUUAGACAAGGGAUUCUAGUGAACACAGGAUGUUUACAGUGAAUGUUAAUGCCUCAUACUUCCUAACCUCACUUUUGUAAAGAUCUUCUCUUCAGUCUAUUUUUAUUGGCCCUCUAGUUAAUUUUUUUUUAUAACUAAACCAUUUUUUCUACGUGAUAUUUGCAUUAAGCUUAUUAACAAAUAUUUUUAGGUAAUCGUGUAUUAGAAUUUCUUUUUAUACCCCCAAGUAUUCAAUAACAGCAAAGCACAGAGAAGUGUUCUCAGUUCGAACAACAUCUGUACAGAAUAAUAGACAUGUCUGUCAGUGUGGUCCAGAGCAGUGAGGUGUCAAAUGCAGUUCAGCCUGAUGUGUCAACAAGUAUAGAAAUGAUAGGUAGAGAACUCCAGAAGACAUCAAAAAUCCCUGUAUUUUGUUUCUAGAGGCCAGGGGUAUCAAGAAUGUCAGCACUUUCAGAUUUAGAAGUCAAAUAAAAAUGCCCAGUGUAGUUUAGUAUGAAAUUAAGAAAACAUUUUCUAAGCACACACUGCACUUGAGGGUAUAACCAUUUGACCGAUCUUGCAGCUUCACUGUGGUAUUUGUUUUCUCCCUGCUAGUGGAUGCAUCUCUACUAGAGAAAUCUCCAGAGCUGUAUGAAGUUAAUAUAGAGACAUAACAGGACAAGAGCCAGCAGUGCCAGAGGCUGGCUGGACUCAUAGUGCACUUAUAUCAGAUAAUUCCUAACCCUGGCAAAACUAAAUUGGAUUUUUAAAACAAAUUAACAAACAAAACAUGCCUUUGCAUCAGUUAGACAUUGGUGUUACUUUCCUUGGGUGGUUUAACUAGUGCCUGCUUAUUUUGGACAGUAUUUUCUAGUUAGGCGGUUUUGAAAAUUCUCCAAAGAAAUGUGAAAAGAAUUUUGCUGCAGCACUUCAGAAUGAACAACAAAAUUUUAAGCAUGCUACUGCUGCAAAGUAUAAAACCUGGUGAACCAUUUUGUAGGUUGCCUGAUGGAUUUAGUCUUCUACCGUGUUUUGGUUUGUAUAUUUAUUACAAUUAUCUUUGUGGAAUACUGAAAAUUAUACACUACAGCAUAGCAAGUUUCUUUAUAUGUAAUUUACAAAAACUUUCCUUAUGCAGCAAAUAAACUAUUUCCAGUUUUUUCA